GGUGAGAGAGAGAAAGAAAGAGAGAGAGAGAGGUCAUAUGACAGGGAGGAGUGAGCUCACUAUCAAAACACUUUCUCGUUCAUCUAAAAAUGAGUUUUCUGAAAGUCCGACGAAGACUUUUUACCUACUAAGUUUUGAAGACCUCGUGACUACACGACGAGUUCAAUGCCUGAGUCUUCAACGGAUUUAGCACAAUGAUCGCAUCUUGUGAUACAUCACAUGUAGAAGGGAACUGUAAAAAGCUUCCAGACAGUACUAAUGGACCGGUUGGAAAGUUUAAGGGAAUGAAGUGCAGCCUUUCUGUGGGGAGUAACGGCAUCUGUCGGUCGGUCGCACCUGUGAUCUCACCUGCGUCUACGUGCGCGCGCAUCACUCUACCUGGAGUGAUGGACGCGGAGGGGCGAGUGGACGAAUCCAGACUCAGGACGCAUAUAUUCAAAAACGGUGGUGUGUCGCCUGAUGAGCGAGGUCAGGUAUGGCGUUUUCUGUUCAGCAUGUACCCCUGCAGCUCUACGGCUCUGGAGCGCCCUCUACUGCUGGAGCAGAUGGCGGUGCGCUAUCAGGUCAUGAAGAGGAAAUGGCAACAGCUGCUUCCUGGAGCCGUUCGCUUGCGUCUUAAUGGCACUGACGCUGAGCUGUUGACAGCAGUGAAGUUUUUUGACCAGAGGCAGGACAGAGAGCUAAAUAAACAACAGAUUCAGUCAGACGAGACACAAGAGAGAUUAUCCUUUCUGCAACUGCAGGCUCAGGUGCUAUUUGAAAGGGUAACUUUUGACCUGGAAGAACUUCAGGAGGCCAUACGCAUCAUUGAUAAGGAUGUUCCUCGAACUGACAGAGAUCUUCCAUACUACCGGAAUGAAGGUUUGGGUAAUCUGCUGGUGUUAAGAGAUAUCCUGAUCACAUAUGCUGCUUUUCAUCCAGAAGUGAGUUAUGCUCAGGGCAUGAAUGACCUGUGCAGUCGCUUUCUGGAGGUUCUCGACUCAGAAGUCGACACUUACUGGAGCUUCUCCUGCUACAUGGAAAAGUUUUCCAAAGAUUUCCGCGCUGAUGGACUUUACCGUAAAAUGGAAUUAGAAGCUGCUUUACUGAAAGAGCUGGAUCCUCAACUACACUCGCAUCUCGUCACCGACAACAUGGAAAGGCUCACGUUUUGUCACAGGUGGCUUCUGUUGGGUUUCCAGCGUGAGUUCGAGCACAGCGAUGCUCUGCGACUAUUCGAGAUUCUCAGCUGUGAUCAUCUGGAGCUCAUCUCACAGCAGGUGGACUGCGUUCGCUAUCAGGAGAGACUCGCACGCAAACACAGCCUGGAGGAGGAACCUGUGGCUGAUCUACACGCUGUAAACACAGAUUUCACCUUUGAACUUUUCAUGUGCGCCACCAUAUUGCUGGAGAACAGAGAGGCUUUACUGAGCUGCAAGAAUGAGGUUCAGCUCAUACAGUUUACUAGCAGUCUACAGGGCAAGCUGGAUCUGAACGCCACCCUGAAAAAAGCUGAGGAACUGAUGAGGAACUACUGCAAAAGCUCCUCCUGGGACUAUUUGAGCGGCCUCUAUCGCAUGCGCAAAAGCAAAGAGGACCACUUCUUCUUUCAUCUCCGGAACCUUUUUUCCUGAGACCAAACGACCUGUGAGGAUUUUUCAUGGAAACGGUCUGAAUGACAUGAACUUGUGACUUUACGCUCCAGAAGGACUUUAAUUUUAUUUAUUUUUUUAAGUGCUGCUUUUAAUCAGGGUUUUGUACAGGAACAAGAGCGACUUCUUCAUAAGUGUUAAUAUUAUAUUAGUUCCUGUAUUCCAUCUUUGUUUUUAAAGAAAUAGUUCACCCAAAAAUGAAAAUUCUGCCAUCAUUUAAUCUCUCCCUCCAUUUGUUUUUCCCAAACCCACUUCAGUUUCUAUUGAUUUCCAUAUUUUUGUUUCUUCUUUUUUCCCCAACAUUCUUCAGAAUAUGUUUUUUUUUUUUUUUUUAAGUUUAAAUGUUACAUAAAUGUUUAGGACCAUUAGUGUGAGUAAAUCAUUUUUGGGUAAACUGUUCCUUUAGGCUUCUAUUGUGAUGCCAGAAUUAAUGUGAGAGAAGUUUUUUUGACAUUUAACCUGACCGAUGGUAUUGAAAUUAUUUCAGACUGCAAAAAUGCUUUACUUAUUUUUAGGUUUUGUCUUGUUUUUAGUCUAAAUGUCUAAAAAAAAUGCUUUUUGAUUUCAUUUUUAGAUACGUAAAAACUUUUAAAACUUAACAAAGCAAACCAAUAUUUUUAAUUGUCUUGAAAAUGCUUUUUUUGCAGUGCAUUAUUAGUAGCAUUUGGGAAUUUACCAUUUAUUUGAUACUACUGAAUUCUAUGUUAAAUGUAAUAUGUAAAAACUUAGCAUGCAAUAUCAAAUGUACUUUAAAUCUGAACAGGAUUUUAUAGUGUGGAAAAAAACAUCAGACAAACAAAAGGAAUCAUUUCUGCUGAUCCAAGCGAGACCCAACGUGUGAGUAUUAUUCAGUCACUCAAACAUCUGGUGCUUGCGUAUCGGUGAUAUUAGAGCAUUAUAUAAUAAUAGAAAUGCAGGCCAAGUUCUGAGAAGCUCUAGAAGGCGCUCUGUGGUGUUGUCUUACCAGUCAUACAGCGCUUAAGAUGUACUGAUCAAAAAUAGCACACACUGAACCACGACACCCUGCACUGCGUUGCUUUAUAUCCUGUAAGAGGCACGAUAUAUCACUAAACAUAUAUACACAACACAAGGAGAUAUAUGGAGUAUUGCACGUAAUAUUUGUUGUUAUUUAUUAAGAACUGACACAUUGUUUAAGUUGUUUUUGGAGAAAGUGAAUGGACUGACCAACUAUUUUUGGGGGGGAAACGGGUACCGAAUACUGUAAUUAUUAUUUUAUUUGUCAUGCUGUUCUUUGAUCUUUAGAUUUUUUUACGUUUGCACAGAUUGAUUAUGGUAAUUAAUGUAGCAAUAAUGAGACACUGCAAUGUUUAACAGACAGAUUUUUUUUUUCAAUGAGAGCGUGUGUGUGAGAAAGAGAGUGAGAGAUACUGAAAGUGAGAGUGAGUGUUUUAUUUUAAGAUUACUGUGUGACAUUUAAGCAGUUAGUUUCUAGUGAGUCACUUCAUGAAGAACAGACUCAGGAGUUUAGCUCUUAAAUGUUAUUGUGAAAUAAACUGUGGCCAUUUGAAUAAAUAAAUGAAUAUUUAUUUAUA